CGUAUUUUUGCAGUUGUUUCUUGUUAAUUUUUUAGUUCUUCAUUGCCAAUUUAUUUUGCCAGUUAUAUUGCCGCAAAAAUAGUUAAAUAAUGACUUAUAAAAAAGUAAAUGGAGCAUAUAUGAGAAUGUGUCAAGGGAGUUCAGUUUCGUUGAUGGGACUGGUGAACAAUGCCGAUAGAUCUGGAAGAUUUAUUAAUGUUCUUACUACAGAUAACGUGAAUGUUAAGGUUAUUUUAAACGAACCUCUUAGUGAGCCUUUGAGUGGAUGGAUAGAAAUAAUAGGUCAACCUGUUGGAAAAGAUUCCAUAAAUUGUAAUCAAUAUGUAAUCAUAGGAUCAGAUGAACAAACAGAAGACUUUGAUAAGAAAGCAUACAAUUAUCUAGUGCAAGUUUUAAACAAUGCUACUGAUCCUUUUGAAAUAGCUCCGUGAACUUGUUGUAUAAUACUAUAUUUACUUUUUUAUUUAUUUUAUA